AAGCUCACGUCUAGUGGAGUAUAGUUACGGUGUGCACGGGGUCGUCACAUAUGCGAUUAGCCUACUCUGAUUUUACGAUCAACCGCUACUGACAGAUCAUAGACUCGUGGACGAUUUGUGAGCUGUGUGAGGACGCUUUGAGGUGCGAAAACCCCAACUUUUCGUCUUGAGCAAGUGACACAAGUGAGACAAGUGCGAAAACUGAUUCCAAUCGACUCUUUCCCUUUUCCCCUUCAAAGUGUUGGGUGUUAGCGAGAAGGUGCCUGGUGCGGUGGCUGGCAUGACCGUACAAGACGAAACGCGCGCUAUGUCGCAAACCGCAACGACCAGGUCGCGUUUCAUGAUAACAGACAUUCUGAACAGUUCUUCAGAUGGUGCUGCGAUACUUAGGGGUAGAUCUCCGAGUCCCGGACCGAGGGAUCUGUCGUUGCAUUCUAAUCCUCACCAUGGUGACAGCGACACCGACAGUUCUGGACACCCUGACACGUCGAGCGUAUGCUCUAACGGACAACUAGGAGAAGACUCGCUCAACUCGUCGAAAAGCUCGAACGGUAGCCUGAACAAGAAACAGAGGAAAGCGCGGACGGCGUUCACAGACCUGCAGUUACAGACCUUAGAAAAAAGUUUCGAACGACAGAAAUACCUCAGUGUACAGGACAGGAUGGAACUAGCUGCCAAAUUGAGCCUUACAGAUACGCAGGUCAAGACGUGGUACCAAAACAGAAGAACAAAAUGGAAAAGACAAACAGCCGUUGGAUUGGAGCUGCUGGCGGAAGCAGGCAAUUACGCAGCCUUCCAGAGGUUAUACGGAGCACCAGCUUACGGUUGUUGGUAUCCACCCCAAACUGCCGGCCCCCCAGCACCCCCAAGCGCUGCUGACCUUUACUACAGACAAGCAGCCGCUGCUGCUGCGGCCACCCUGCAAAAACCCCUUCCUUACAGACUCUACCCUCCGACUAUGGGGUUAGGAAUACCUGGACCAAGCGCCCAUCUAGGAUCCUUAGCCGCCAGUAGUUCUUUGAGCACCCUGUCCAGUUAUUACAGCAAUCAGACGUCGGAAGGACCUUCGCCAAGGUCGCCCAGUCCAGACGCACCCUUAGAUCCAGGAUCGCCAGGCACCAACGGUAGGAGGUCCCCUUCUGACGACGAUGAUACCAUCCACGUGUAAAUAUACCCGAAACUUGAGUGCAAAUCCCUUACCACUUGAUCCUUCAAGUCUAAAAUGUACAUAUUUCAUCGACUUGAGAAGCUUCAACGCAUAGUGUAACGACGACUAUGUAGUUGACGGUGAAUACUUAGUACAUAUUGUGAUAUAUCGUGUAUUAUAGCUAAAUUUGUUAAUUUAUUGCGCUUGUAAGUGUCGUUUAGAUAUAGUUAUCCCUAAGGAACGAUUUGGUACCUAGUGAAAAAAAACAGCUUUAUGUAUUAUACACAUCAAGUGACUGUUGAGAUUCAUCUGUAGUAUCUACGAUCAUUAUGGAUGUAUUUGAGAAGAUGUAAAUGUUUUUUUUUUGGGUAAGACUAAUGCAUUGUUUCGUGCAAUAUACUUACUCCCAGCUCGAUGAGCUUUAUACAUGUUAAUAUUAGUUGAUAAAAUAAAGGACAUUUAAGUUUUUA